AUGUCCACUGCAUCGCUGGCUGCCGGCAGUGACGCAGCACCCAACGAGAUGGCACACCCGGCAAACUGGAAGCCAAUCAAGGAGGUUGGGCUGCUCGAUCUACCAGCGCUCUAUCUCUCCUUGUCCAAGGCAAAGUUGGCCUCUCAGGUCGUCCUCACUGCCAUGGUCGGAUACGCCAUGGCUCCUGGCGCGCUGAGCAUCCCCACGCUGUUUUGGGCGUCAGCUGGAACAGCCCUCUGUGUCGCGUGUGCCAACACUGUCAACCAGUGGAUUGAAGUUCCCUUCGAUGCCCAAAUGUCACGCACCAAGACCCGCGUUCUCGUUCGCGGGGCAGUUGAG